AUGUGCGUGUGUGCGUUAUCGACAGAGAUCGGCAGAGUUGGAGUAGAUGAGGUCUUUGACCAAGCUGAAACCACUGCCGACUUCUACAGCGAGCUGCUGCUCAGCGUUACAGAGAUUGAGGCCGCCUUGUCUCGCAUCGAGGAGCGGCUUGAGGCUGCAAGGCCUUCCAGCACAGCGAUUUCGCUUGAGGAUAGAGGCCGAGGACAGCCGACGGCACGGCGGCUGCUGCAGGCUCCAAGCAGGCUGAUCCACUCGGCUGCCAAUGCAGCAGGUCGUGUGGCACUCAACGCAGCAGGCAGCGCCGCUGGCCGGGCUGGCAACUUCGCCGUCUCGGCCGGACAGGCCUCUGUGGCAACAACCUUCCGUGCCACAGCCUUCGGAGUGCGUCAAUCUGUACAGACCACCUGGUGCGUCGUUCGCCCGCCGCUAGCACAAGCGGUGAGCUACGUGGUCACUCCUUCAGGCUUCUUCACAAGUGCGUCCACGCUUUGCGCCCUCUUUUCCCUGCCGCUGGCGGCUGUGGCUGCUUUGGCCUCUGCGGGUGCCGUGGGCGCAGGCGCCGCUUCGGCGGCUCUGCAGACAUCAGCGGAGCUGGUGAGGACCGGAGCCUGUCGCGGUCCGGACGGCGCCGCCACCGCCCUGGAGGUGCUCCAACGAGCUCUCCGAGAUCCAAAUUACGCCCGGGAGCUGGAAGACAUGCUCCGCGCCGAGAGAGAGAACUCCAAGACACGGCGGCAGAAGCUCCUACGCCGGGCUCACACAUGGGCUACCAUGGUCAACAUUGGGAUCAUUGCGCGAGUCUCGCCGCGCGUCUCUGACGUCGUUUCUCGCAAAGUGCUCUCCAGCGGCCAGCCGCCUGGUCUGGAAGCUCUCAGGACAGCUCUUUUAACGGGUGGCCCCGGUGCUUUCGGAGCUUUAGAGGAGGUCCUUGCUGGUCAGCGGUCGGCCCUCGUGGAGUCGACCAGGCUGACCCUCGCUGUCAGCACUUGGCUGAACACUACGGGCCACAACAAGGUUGACUUGCUACGCUCCUCCUCUGGACGUUCGGUAGAGUGCAUCGCGAUCUCCGCCAGACACGUCGCCGAAUACCGUUCGCUGGGUCUUCGGGGCGGCUGCCAUGCAGCCUGUCGUGACUCGCAAUACAUAUCUCAAGCCUCGGUUAGGGUACAGAUAGUUAUUCCAACCUGCAACCUUACAGUCUACGAGGAACCCUGGCAAGGUUGCAUAGCAUGGCUUCUCCUUGCCGCAAACUUUAACCUGCAACUCCCAUCCCGAUGUCGUGGCCAGAGGAUGCCACCCAUCUCAAGCAAGUCCCGAAACCUGUGUUGUGGCCGUGUCUUUGGGGUGAGGGUUCGGCGUGGGUUUUUCGUUCUGGUGUUUUGUGUACAGUUUUGGUCUGAGGUACUGGUCCGUGGAUCAGUUUAUCCUCAACCGGUGUUCUGUACACCAUAA